CCGGAUGAACUUGACAGAAUGAACGGGAAACGUUUGCAUGUUUCGUCCUCCCGCAUCUGCGUUGAUCCAGCAGCAGCCGUCGACUUUGAAUAGUAGUUCAUCUCUAUUUCAUCAUCUCAUUUAGCCUAUUCACAACACGGAAAUACGACAAACUCGUACUAGUAUGAUGCAUACUAGUCAUGUGAGGAUUUACAAAAAGCGUGAAAUUACCGAGUACAGUAUUGACGUUCAGUAUUGAUUUCCUUUACAGUUUAAACAUGUCAGAACCGAGAGUAAAGCGAAUAAAAACUUGCCUUCCACUCUGUAAAACGCAUAUCUCUUCUGCUGGGAGUCUGGCGAAGCAAAACUUCCCCACUGUUGUGGAGGAAAGUCUGUGUGGAGUUUCCACUUUGCUUAUGGAGGUAUCUUACAGACUGGAAGCGCUGGCCAGAAUCUUUGAGCAGAGUGAUCUAGCUUUACCCAGAGUGGCUGCGUAUUUUCAUCAGGAAUCAGUGAAGGAACUAGAGCGGGCCGAGGCAAUGCUGCAGCAUCUGACCCAGCGCGGAGGAAAAUACUGCAGUAAGAACAUCCAGAGGCCAGGCACUGAAGAAGUGUGUGCAGUCCUCCCUGCUCUGGAGAUCAUGCUUAACCAGUGGAAGGAGGAGAUGAGUGUCAUGGUGGAGCUGAAUCAGCUGGCGCAUGAGUACGGAGAUCCACACACCGCCAGCGUAAUCAAGAGUCAGUUCAUUCAGCCCCUCGUCCCAAAGGUCAAACUCAUCUGUGACCUCCUGACCAGCGCUCGCAGAGUGGGCUGCACCGGUGACAGCACGGGUGGCUUUGGCGAGUAUCUCAUCGACCGGCUUCAAGAGACACUGACAAUCACUUAGGCUUCCUCUGACUUAUCAUUUAGGAACCAUGUAUGCACUGUAAAAAGUUAUUAUUCAAAGAAUAAAUAAAGCAAAGAUUAUUGGAGUGCGCUUUACAAGAAUAGCCUAUUUCAGCUUAAUAUUUCAACUUCAUACUUUAAUCUCAAUUUAAUAAUUCCAUGUUUAAUUCAUUGUGUUAUUCAACAUUUCUUUGUAAUUAUCUGUGUAUGUACUAGCGUCAAAAUGUUUCAGAGGAAAUCCUACACCUAUUUUUUCAGUGAGUGUCUUUAGCCCUUGGAUGAAGGAUAGACUGAGACAGAUUACAUAUUGGUCCAAAAGGGAAAAUAAAGUGCAGAGAUGCGCAUACAAUAGUGCCAGUUUUGUAUGUUACAAGUCACUCCAGUUGUAGACAGUAGUUUAAUGUCAUUCCAGUUUUUGAAUUUGAAUUUUAACUUUGAACUUAAUUUGAAUUUUUUUCAUUUGUUAUUGCUUCACAUGUAUAUAUUGUAUACUGCAUUGACCCGUUUAUCCUGUGCUUGAGAAUUUAAAAAAAGUAAAUCCAAAAAAAAAAAAAAAAAAGUAAAUAUAUAUUUUUUGUGUCUUUGUUUUGUGAGCAUUCUUUCAAAAGGUAAUUAGGUAUUUGUAUUCUUGAAACCUGAAAUAUUUUACUUCUGUUCUGUUUUAUUAUACCUUAACUUCUAUAUAUAUAGCCUACAUAUAUUGUACUUUUUUGAAUAUUAUCCUGCACUGCUUUUAAUAAAAUGUGUCCACACAAAUCAUAAUAUGUUAACUCUCUCUCACACUCACACACACACACACACACACACACACACACACGCACGCGCGCGCACACACACACACGCACACACACACACAUUUGGGGCUUUUCAAACAGAAAAGAAGUUUGUAACUCUGCUGGCUCUUUAACGCCCCCUGUUGUUGAACUGUUGUACGUCUUGCAGCUAGUGUAAGAAAUGUUGAGUAAAAUGGCCCACAUCAUAAACAGAUCAUGAACUUUAGAAAAUGAAAUUUAUCUAAAGAGAUUUUUCUGUAAUAAAUAAAUAAACAGGUAAAUAAAGUGCACCUUGGAAAAAAGCAGCAUGCCCAUGAUGUGCUAGUGUGU